AUGAGUAAGGAGGGAGGAGAACCACAAGAGGUUGACAUGAAAUUCUUCAUCAAGGCUGUUAAUGACCAAUUUAAAUUGCUGAAUGCGAGAUUGAAUGAUUUGGAGUCCUCUUCCAGUUCUAAAUCACAUAGAAGACGAAAGAAUGACCGUGAGCUAUACUUGGAGUGGGAAAGAAAGGUUGAGCACCUAUUUGAUUGUCAUUAUUACUCCGAGGAGAAGAAGGUAAAGCUAGCAGCCGUGGAGUUUACAGAUUAUGCAGGUAUAUGGUGGGAUCAAUUGGUGAUCAAUAGGUGUAGAAAUGGUGAGAGGCCUAUUCAGUCAUGGAAAGAGAUGAAGUUGGUGAUGUGCAAGAGAUUUAUACGUAACCAUUACUAUGGAGAUUUGUAUAGGAAGUUGUAAGGGCUGGUUUAAGGUUCCAUGAGUGUAGAGGAUUAUUAUAAGGAGAUGGAAAUCGCCAUGAUUAGAGCAAACAUAGAGGAAGUCAAAGAAGCAACAAUGGCUAGAUUCAUUGCCGAAUUGAACAAUGAGAUAGCUGACGUGGUUGAGUUGCAACAUUACGUAGAGAUAGAGGAACUACUGCACAAAGCUGUUAAAGUGGAGAAGAAAAUCAAGUCCAAGAGGUUCAAAUCUGGUUCGUCCUCUAGCUCUCCAUGGAGAUUAAAUUGGAAGGACAACAAAGCUGCCUUCAGAACAAAAGAAGAAGCAAAGUCAAAGAAUUCGGUUACUGUUCCUAAAGGUAAACCCGAAAAUAAAACUCUUAAUAAGUCACGUGAUAUUAAGUGUUUCAAGUGUCAAGGAUUUGGACAUAUUGCUUCCGAAUGCCCAAACAAAAAGGUUAUGGUUGUACGGGCAAAUAGAGAAGUUGAAAGUGCUUGCUCAAGUGACGAUGAGAUGCCACCAUUGGAGGAUUGUUCUGAUGUUGAAGUGGAAGAACCUAUGCAUGGUGAUUUACUUGUUACAAGGAAAGCCCUGAGUAUAUAGCUUAAGGAUGAGGGAGAUGAGGAGCAACGUGAGCAUAUUUUUCACACAAGAUGCCAUGUGAAGGAUAAGGUAUGUAUGUUGAUUAUUGAUAGUGGGAGUUGUACUAAUGUUGCUAGUACUUUGUUGGUAGAAAAGUUGAAUUUGAAGUGGAAGAAGCAUCCUAAAUCGUACAAGCUACAAUGGCUGAAUGACUGUGGAGAAGUGAAGGUAAACAAGCAAGUUCGGGUUCCUUUUUCAAUUGGCAAGUAUAAGGAUGAGGUUAUUUGUGAUGUGGCAGCGAUGUAUGCUGGUCAUAUAUUGCUUGGACGACCAUGGCAGUUUGAUAGGAAAGAAUUUGAGGACCUAUUUCUUGAGGAGAUUCCCCAUGGAUUACCUCCUCUAAGAGGAAUUGAGCAUCAAAUAGACUUCAUACCUGGUUCCGCCAUACCAAAUCGACCUACAUAUAGAGCUAAUCCCAAGGAAACGAAGGAGAUACAAAGGCAAGUGGAUGACCUGUUGCAAAAGGGAUUUGUACGGGAGAGGCUCAACCCAUGUUUGGUUCCUAUCCUUUUAGUCCCAAAGAAAGAUGGAACAUGGCGAUUUGUUGUUAGUUCGCAGGGUAUUAGUGUUGAUGAAGAAAAGGUAAGGGUAAUAAAGGACUGGCCUACACCUAAGAAUGCGAACGAGGUGAGAAGUUUCCAUGGUUUAGCAAGUUUUUAUCGAAGGUUUGUUAAAGAUUUUAGUUCUAUUGCUGCACCUUUGAAUGAACUUGUUAAAAAGAAUGUUGUUUUUAAGUGGGAUGAUGUGCAUGACCGGGCUUUCAAAACUUUGAAAGAUAAGCUAACUAAUGCACCUUUGUUGUGUUUGCCUAACUUUGAUAAAGCUUUUGAGAUAGAAUGUGAUGCAUCCGGGAUUGGAAUAGGAGCUGUUUUGAUGCAGGAUUCCAAACCAAUUGCUUAUUUUAGUGAAAAGCUAAGUGGGGCAGCGUUGAAUUAUCCUACUUACGACAAGGAGCUUUAUGCAUUAGUGAGAACUCUUCAAACAUGGUAGCAUUACUUGUGGCCGAGGGAAUUCAUCAUUCAUUCCGAUCAUGAGAGCUUGAAGUUCUUGAAGACCCAAGGUAAGCUUAAUAAAAGACAUGCUAAGUGGUUGGAGUUCAUAGAAACGUUUCCUUAUGUAAUCAAAUACAAGCAUGGGAAGGAAAACGUUGUGGCUGAUGCAUUGUCUAGGAGGCAUGAAGGAUUUCUAUUCAAGAAAGAUAAAUUAUGUGUGCCUAUUUGUUUUGUUCAUGAGUUGGUUGUUAGGGAAAGUCAUGGGGGAGGUUUGAUGGGUCACUUUGGUGUUCUAAAGACUUUAGAUAUAUUAUGUGAGCAUUUUUGUUGGCCUAAUGUGAAGCAUGAUGUGCAAUCUGUUUGUGAUAAGUGCAUUACAUGUAGGCAAGCAAAAUCUAAAGUUACCAGGACUCAAAGUGGUUUGUAUACCCCUUUACCUGUACCUAAUCAACCUUGGAUUGAUAUAUCUAUGGAUUUUGUUUUAGGAUUACCAAGGACUCAAAGUGGUAAAGAUAGCAUAAUUGUUGUUGUUGAUAGGUUUAGUAAAAUGACUCAUUUUAUUGCAUGUUCUAAAACAAACGACGCAACACAUAUUGCUGAUUUGUUCUUUAACGAAGUGGUUCGUUUGCAUGGGUUGCCUAAGACAAUUAUUAGUGAUAGAGAUGUUAGGUUCCUAAGUCAUUUUUGGCGCACUUUAUGGAAUAAAUUAGGAACCAAACUGUUAUUUUCUACUAUUGCACAUCCUCAAAUAGAUGGCCAAACUGAAGUAGUUAAUAGUACACUCACUACUUUGUUGCGUGCUAUCAUUCAAAAGAACUUAAGGCAGUGGGAGAAGUGUUUGCCACAUAUUGAGUUUGCAUAUAAUAGGACUGUUCAUUCUAAUUUUUCAUUUUCUCCUUUUGAAAUUGUUUAUGUCUUUAAUCCUUUAACACCUUUGGAUAUUUUACCUUUGCCUACUAUUUGGGUGCACAUGCAUAAGGAGACGUUUCCCACACAAAGGAAAUCAAAAUUGUAACCUCGAGGAGAUGGACCUUUUCAAGUCUUCGAGCGGAUCAAUGAUAAUGCCUACAAGCUAGAUUUUCCAAGCGACUAUGGUAAUGUUAGUGCAACUUUUAAUGUUGCUAAUUUGUCUUUGUUUGAUGUAGGAGACUUGAGGACGAAUCUUUUAGAAGAGGAGGGGAAUAAUGGAGAUCGAGGUGCUGACCAAGUUGAUGUUCCCAAAUAUUCUCAAGAUCCUUUGCAAGGAAUUGGCAGUCCAAUGACUAGGGCAAAGACAAAGAGGAUGAAAGAGGCUUUGCAAGGCUUGAUCAUGGAAGUGCAGUACAAAGAGGCUGUAUGUGUCAAGUGUUUUCAGGCUCUUAAAGAUGAUAUUCAGAUGAAGCGGAGAGCCAUGGUUGAAAAUGAGACAAACCUAAGGGUGAAGUGCUUGCGAUCCGAUAAUGGGGGAGAGUACAUUGAUCAAGGGUUCAAAGAAUAUUGUGCUAAUAAUGGGAUUGAUGCGUUAUAA